AUGGAUGUCGAAGGGGGAAUCGAUAUGCGAGCUGCCCAAGACGACGAAGGGUCCCGCGAGGUCUGCCGUUAUAUUCAGCGUAGCUCUUAUCCCCGGCUCGUUGACAUUAUAAAACGGCGAUGGAGAAAUCUUCGCAUCCGGUGGGGAAAUUUGAUGAAGUUCCAACCAUCCCAGGAAAAUGCGUGUGUCCGAAUUCUUCACAAAGUUCCCGGUUUAAAGCAAAGUGCACAAGCUGGGCUGCAUGUUUUAGCCAGGGCCUUCUGGCUGCUCGUGUUCGUAUUGUGUGUGGGUAUUGUUUUUUACAUCAUCCGGGAAGGAAUUCGGAGAACAAUGGGGCAUCCACUGACUGUUACAUUCGAAACCGAGGAAAUAAACAUUGGAGAUGCUAAAUUUCCACAAGUUGGCAUUGGUCCAAAUGGAGGAUUUAAGUUGUCCUCAAUUAAUGAUGCUAUGAGAAAAUUGCACCAACUGGGAAUGGGCAUUGAGGUCCUGGCCAACGAUGGAUCUGCAUGGACCCAAAACGACGUUGAAGAAGCAAUGAAGGUCAUCGAUCACACCUGUGAUGGUGACGCAACAUAUGCUAGCAAGAAUGGUAUCAAAAUUCAGGACGAGCACACCUCGUUUGCCAGGCAUAUAAACGUACAUGAAACUCAUGUGGACAACGUUUCAUAUGAGGGAGUGAAACAGAGGAUUAUCCCUUUCAUAAGGGAGGGAAUGACAAACUGCGCUGAAAUCAUAAAAGGAUGCCUCUUGAACGGGCAAAGUUACGACUGCAGUGUUUUAUUUAAACAACACUAUUCUGCAUGGGGAAGCACAUGCGUCUUCAACGGGAUUCCUGGGAAAGCAACACGGCGCCAUUCAACAAUUCAAUCCGAGUUGGGGGGAAGCACCAAUGAGGAAGUCGAGCAGUGGAAGCAAGCAGAUUUAGACGAGGAUGUUGCAAAUGUUAACAAAAAGAGCGAUACAACGGAACGCCCUGCGGUACCAUGGAGGCAAAUGGCACCAGGUAAAUUAUCCGGACUAGCAUUCUCCAUAAGAGAAGAACUGGACAACAAAGCUUGCAUUCACAGCGAUGGCACCGGGUUUACGUUGGGCAUUAACAAUCCACGAGACGAGAUGCAAGUAGAACAAUUUGGAGUAACAUUGCCAUAUGGCCGCGAGAUCGACGUUGCGAUAUACCCAGAAGUCCUCCUCGCCGAGAAAGAUGCCAAAGAUAUUGAAUUGGACCGGCGUGGCUGUUACUUCAGCGAUGACGAGGGUGAUGCUCAUUUGGAGUUCUACAGGAAGUAUUCCAGACAGAAUUGCUUGGAGGAAUGUUUCGCAAAAGCAGUUUAUGCAAAGUGCGAAUGCGCCAAAGUCUCAUCUCCUGAGGAAGAAGAAAAAAUGCAUAACCAAGGACUGAAACGUGUGUGCCCAAAGUGUUUGCCUAACUGUCGAGACAUCAAAUACCGGACUUCAGUGACCUCGAGCCAAAUGACAGAAAGACGUAUGAAUGAUUACAAGGAUAUGUACGAUGGUCCCAUGGGAGAUAAGAAGUUCACCAUAUCAGUUGUGAACGUGUUCUUUAUGGUGGACUCGGUCCAUCCAACACGAAGGAGUGCAAGAUACAGCACCUUUGAAGAAGUUGGCCUCGUUGGUGGGACAGUCUCAAUGAUAACUGGCUUAACGUUGUUGGACGUGAUUGAGGUUCUCGUACUAAUCGCCGUAAUAGCCGUUGCAAGGUACAAGGUGUGGAAUAAUCUUCGAAAUAUGGGAGGCCCCAGUUUUAAUUGGACCAUGAGGAUUUUCAAGUUCUUGAGACGGAAUAAUAGGGUGGCUCCCGAGGAAAUAGAGAUGGAUACAGUCCAACCGCGACCUGUCGAAAGGCCACAAAGGUCAGCAUUGGAACGCCCGUUCCAUCCAUACGAGAAUUUUCCUGGAUUUAUUCCCUAA